AAAACAAACAGUCGGCUAAUAGCUAAGUAAUAAUCGUGCACAUGAAGAGCAGUAGUGCUGCUCAGUGAUGGGAAAGGCAGGAGUGCUCUGCUGUCCUCUGCUGUUGGCUGGGGCUCAGAGAAGCGCUCGCACUGCAGUUCCUACAAGACCGAAUCAAACGGAACGGUAACCACGGCACAAACAUGACGAUGGGGGAGCGCAGCGCCAGCAAACUGCGGAUUAUUGGGUCGGUAUUUGUCAGCCAAUAUUAAAAAAGUGAAAGGAAAGAAAGCUAUGAUGAAGAUGAUACGCCAGGAAUCGAGCGCGAGCCCGUUGAUCUCUCUCAUCAGAUGCUGAUGAUGGUCAGGCGACCUGCGUGAUUUCCUCCCGCUGGAGCUUCCUGGUUCAUUUGCAUCACCUUAUCUGAGUCCCAGCCAACCUGACAGAAUGAUUGAAGAGGGAAGUAAAAGCAGCAAGUCCAUGGUGGAGAAGAGACAGCUCUUCAUGGAGAUGAGUAGAUAUACUGUAUCACGUGGGCUGCUUUUAUGAAAUUUUGAAGGUCGCAUUUACAGAUUCUCUACAAAUUUUCGUGGGCGAAAUCCAGUCAUUUCUAUAGGAAUCUGUGCAACGGGCACAAAACUUUGAUGUUAUUCGCCUCUCAACAUAUAGGACGGCAUGUAAGCUACGAUUUGUUCAGAAACGAUGCAACCUUCAUCUAGUGGACGUGUGGAACAUGAUCGAAGCUUUCCGUGACAAUGGGUUGAGCACGUUAGACCACAACGCGGAGAUUAAUGUGUCACGCCUGGAGACCAUUUUGUCCUCCAUCUUCUACCAGCUCAACAAGCGGCUGCCCACCACCCACCAGAUAAACGUGGACCAGUCCAUCGGCUUGCUGCUAAACUUCAUCGUGGCCACUUAUGACAGUGAAGGCCAUGGGAAACUCACAGUGUUUGCUAUGAAGGCAAUGCUAGCUACGAUGUGUGGCGGUAAAAUACUGGACAAAUUACGUUAUAUAUUUUCCCAGAUAUCAGACUCAAAUGGGGUGAUGGUCUUUGCCAAAUUUGACCAGUUCCUGAGGGAAGUGUUGAAGCUCCCCACGGCAGUGUUUGAGGGGCCGUCAUUUGGCUACACCGAGCACUCUGUGAGAACAUGCUUUCCUCAGCAGAAGAAGAUCUUGCUGAAUACGUUUUUGGAUGUGUUGAUGGCAGAUCCACCCCCGCAGUGCCUCGUAUGGCUACCUCUCAUGCACCGACUCGCUAAUGUAGAGAAUGUCUUCCAUCCAGUGGAAUGUUCUUAUUGCCGGAGUGAGAGCAUGAUGGGUUUCCGCUACCGCUGCCAGCAGUGCCAUGGCUACCAGCUUUGUCAGAGCUGCUUCUGGCGUGGUCAUGCCAGCGGUCCCCAUAGCAACCAGCACCAGAUGAAGGAGCACUCCUCAUGGAAGUCUCCAGCGAAGAAGCUCAGCCAUGCCAUCAGUAAAUCUCUGGGCUGCAUGCCGAUCGGAGAGCCGCCUCACCCUGUGUUCCCAGAGGCAGCGGAAAGACCUCAGGACCUCGCACACACCACUCAGCUGAGGCCAGUGGCCAACGACAUGAAUGAUACCGUUCUCAUUUCCUCCGGGGCGCCCACACCUUCAAAAAGCACCCUUGAGAGUCCCAGCAGACUGGAUGAAGAACAUCGUCUUAUCGCACGAUAUGCUGCUCGUCUGGCAGCGGAGGCCAGCAACUCCACUCAAUGUCCUCCAACUGAUUUGAGUUUCAACUUUGAUGCUAAUAAGCAACAGAGGCAGCUCAUCGCAGAACUAGAGAAUAAAAACAGGGAGAUACUGCAGGAAAUCCAGCGUCUGCGUCUAGAACAUGAACAGGCUUCUCAACCCACUCCAGAGAAAGCCCAGCAGAACCCCACUCUACUGGCAGAGCUACGAUUGCUGCGGCACAGAAAAGACGAGUUGGAGAGGCGCAUGUCGGCCCUGCAGGAGAGCAGGAGAGAACUGAUGGUCCAGCUGGAAGGUCUCAUGAGGCUGCUGAAGGAUGAAGAGCAGAAACAGGCAGCUCAGACGGGGAGUUCGCCCCACUCAUCUCCCAGCCACAGCGCCAGCUGCACCAUGCCUAUGCCCAUCCGCUCCACCUCAGCCGGCUCAACCCCCACACACACGCCACAGGACUGCCUGGCAGGGGUCGGAGAUGACGUGCUGGAUGCCUUCUCUCAGGGUGUACCAAGAAAUCUCCGUAAUGAUCUUUUAGUGGCUGCAGACUCAAUCACAAACACUAUGUCGUCACUAGUGAAAGAACUUCACUCAGUGGACGACGGUUUGGAGGAAGAAGAGGAGAACAUGCGAAAUGGAAGAGAGAAGGUGUCAACGCUGAAGCAUUCUGGGAAAAGGCACUCCACCCCUUCAUUCUAAGCCCCAGGAAAGAACUGGCGACAUCAAAAGCUCUCUGGCAUUCGCACAUAGACAAAUGCAUGCUCUUCCCCAACUGGGUUUCACUAUGUGAAACAAACUCUUCAUCACACCUUGCACAGAGCAAGUUGUAUUUAUUAGGAAGUAUAUAAAUAUAUAUAUAUAUAUAUAUAUAUAUAUAAAUAUAGCUCUAUGUCUAUCUGUAUAAACCCAUUGUUAUCACGUUACCCAUGAGAAUGGCUUGUUUGUGCUUUCUUAAAAAACCUUUAUGACUUUGUGAUUACUACUCUCUGAAACGAACGCACUGUGCAUCUUCAUGACGUCACUCAAAUCGAUCUAUGCUGUAGCUAUUUUUCCAGAUGUUCCCUACACAGGAAGCUUUUUUGUAUGACUAGUGAUGAUUUUUUUGUGUUUUAAUGCAUGAAGUGGCUCUACUGGAUAGGUGGAGAGGGCUCGUAUUUGCUCUGCAUGUGACGUUUAUUCUGACCGACUCGAGUGAUGCCUGCUCCAUCGCUCCUUGUAGUCUUCUGAUCAUCAAACUGCUGCUUCUGCAUCAUGCGCAUCCGAACCACCAUAUAUCAGGGACGUCUCGUAGAGUUCGCCGUUUGUCUGGGAUUUCCGCUACUGUGUUAAGUUUAGCCCGUCGUUGUGGCCGUUGUUUUAGCGCUUCGGUAUUGCCUCUUAGUUUAGAGUAUCGCAUAUGUAGCUCUCUGUAUUUUUGGAGAGCAUAAAGGGACUUUAAUGGAAUACGGAUGUAUGUUCCGUAUAUCCAUAAACCAGCUUAGCCAGCCAUCUUUUGAGUGCACACGUCUCUGUAAAAGUUACUUCAAAAGCUUUAUUGAGUUCAGUUAUUGUGUGUACUCGUGUGAAAUAAAUGAAACCAGUGCUCAGGGACUGUUGAGAGAGAAACGCGCGGUAGCAACGCUUGUGAACAAAUGGGUGGAAUUUACUUUGACACCACAAAGGUCAAAUGUCAAAGAUUAGCACAGGUCAUAAAAACUUUAUGGAACGGCUGAGUGUAGAAAACAGGAUCGUUGAAUGGAAGCCCAUCUCUGGCACAUAAGAAAAAAAUGCUUUUGUAAUUCGUAAUUAUGACAUAAAAAUGUUAAAUUAUGACAUACUCCCCCGGUUUCACAGACAAGGCUUAACCCUAGUCCUCCUGUUUCAACUGAAAGAAACAUGCACUGACUGAUCUUAAAAUAUAUCAGUGCCUUUGUUUUGUCUAAAGAUGCACACCAGUAAUGUUUUUUUUUUCUCUAAGGGACAUUUAUUAAAAUUACUUAAAUGUCCUAAUUGAACUAUGGCCUAAUCCUGGCUUAGACUAAACCCUGUCUGUUGUAACCAGGCCACUAUGUCAUAACUAUAUGAUAAAAAGUCAAAACUAUGCCAUAAUUAUGACAAAAACUUUAAAUUAUGAGAGAGCCAUAAUUAUGACAAAAAAGUUGAAAUUAUGAGGUAAAUUAUAAUUAUGACAAUUCAACAUUGAGAUAAAAAAAUCUUAUUCAAUUAUGCUAUCAAAAGCACAAAAAAAUAAUGCUAAUAAUUCUAACAUAAAAAUAUAACUGUGACAUAAAAAGAGUUGAAAGUUUGACAUAAAAUUUGAAAUUAUGACAUACUAAGUCAUAACUAUAAGAUAAAAUGUCAUAAAAAGACAUAAUUAUGAGAUUAAACUCACAAUUAUGACAACAUUUGAAAUUAUAAGGUAAGUUAUAAUUAUGACAAGUCAAAACUGAGAUAAAAAAAUCAUAAUUGUCAUAAAAGCAUAAAAAUAAUAAAAGCAAAAAACACAAAAAUAACAUAAACAUAAUUAUGACAAAAAAAAGUCGAAAGUGACAUAAAAUUUGAAAUGGGCAUACUAAGUCAUAUAAGAUAAAAAGUCAAAAUUAUGACAAAUAAGUCAAAAUUGACAUACCAAGUCAUAGUUAAGAGAUAAAAGUCAAAAUUAUGACACAAAGUUGAAACUGAGAAAAAUAAUUAUGACAUUAAAUGGUCGAAAGUAUGAGAUAAAAUUCAAAGUUAUGUGAAUUAAACUGACAAAAAGUCAAAAUUGUGACAUACUGUCAUAAUUAUAAGAUAAAACGUUACAGUUAUGACACCCAAAAUUAUGAGAAAAAGUCAUCGUGACUGACAAAAGUUUGACAGCUUUUUCAUUAUUUUGAAUGAUCUCAUAAUUAUGACUUAGUAUAUUGUAAUUUUGUCUUUUAAUGUUAUAAUUAUGAUUUACAAAAGCAGAAUUUUUCUUUCUUACGUGACAGAAAUGGCUUCCAUAAUGUUGCGCAUCAGACAUGGACACGCUGUUAUAGGAAGAAGACAUACUUAGUGUCUAAAGCUUUAUUGUCGUGAGGAAGAGGUUUUGACUUACUGUACUUGAAUCAGAAGGAAUUCAGGUUCAAAAAUUACAUUAAUCUAAUUAUUAUAAGUAUGUAAUUGUGUUAUACUUGUGAUUUGUUCUUUGUUAGUUUGGUUUCAAAUAAGAAAUAAUAACCAUUAUUUAAAAAAAAAGUUUUGUUGAUGACUGCUAACAUUUGAAUGUUAAAUUAGAUAAAUCCACUGAGCAACAGUUUAAAGUGAGUUUUGGUGUAGAAUAUUAAGAUUCUUUGACAUUUAUGAGGGUCAUUAUAUGAAAUGAUUCAUUCACUGUUUAUUAAUUUUCUAAAAUGCUUGUAAUUGUGCAUAAGGAAAUCUUUUGAAUGGUAAUAUGAACAGUGAGGUCUCAUUCUCAUUUCCGGUGUGUUACACUGGAAAAAGUGUUGCUUUUGUUAUAGUGAGUGCAAUGAAAUAUAUUUGCUUUUUCAAAUCAGAUUUUACAAAUCAUAAUGCUUGUUCUGUGUUUCAAGGAAAGGAAUAUACAACGUAGUUGAGAAUUUAUUGUCAUUGUUUAAGCUUGGACGAUAAUGUAAGAAAUACUCUCAGAUGGCAAAUUUGAAAGUUUGAUUAUGUUCCAACAUUUGCUACAAAUAUGAAUGCAAUCUUCUGAUGUAGGUGUGUGCCUAGAUGUACUGUAUAAAGUGCUGUAUAAAAUAAAAUAUUCUGCACAUGUGCAAGUCAGCCCUUAGAUAGGAGUUUUAGUAUGUGACUUAGUCGGAAUGCAGUCAUUAUUUAUCUGUGAUCUUUGGGAAAAAAAAAUAUUGUUCUGCCUUUAAAAGUUGUGCCAAACUGUUUGCCAACCUGUAGUGUGUCUUUUAGGUAUUUGUUCUGUGUAUUUGUGCGUGUUAAACCACAAUUUAUUGAUUAUGAAUUUACUGAAGCAGUCCACCGAGAGGGUAACUAAUAACGGGGUGCCUUAAAUGGUUGAAACACAAUACAGUUUAAGCGGAAGGAACCCUGCUUGAAAUCAAUUUCAAGCAUCAUUGCGAAUUUAUAUGUUACAGAUGGGCCUCCAACGGAGGACCUCCUAUGUUAUCAAAGUUAGACGAAACAAUAUUUCAAAAACUAAAUCUGCACCAUCAGGUUUUCAUUUCUUUGGCAACUCGUGAUUUUACUGUUUUAAAACUCCAAACUGUCAGUUGAAGCUACAAACACUUUAUUUCAUUUGAUGGUUUUGCUGCUGUAUACAAUCAUUGAUUGCAAUGGUUUACGUCCAUAUUUGCGUUUACGUCACCCCUAUGUCUUUUUGUAUACUAUUAAAGGGUAAAAUAUAUGAAAAAA